AUGGUUAAAGCUCCAACACCUAGAGUUAUCUUUAUCCGUCAUGGACAAACUGAAUGGUCUAAAUCGGGUCAAUAUACUUCAAUUACUGACUUGGAUUUAACAGAAUUCGGUGUGAAACAAAUGACUAAUACUGGGAAACAUUUAAUUGGAAAAUCACCAUUCCAAUUAAUUAAACCUGAGAAUUUGAAGCAUGUAUUCACAUCACCAAGAUUGAGAGCUAAACAUACUGUGAAGUUAUUAUUGGAAAAUGUGGAUGAUUUAACAAGAUCUAAAAUUCCAAUUCAAGAAGAAAAUGAUAUCAGAGAAUGGGAAUAUGGUGAUUAUGAAGGUUUAUUAACUAAAGAUAUUAUAAAAUUAAGAGAAUCAAGAGAUUUAGGUUCAGACUGGAAUAUCUGGAGGGAUGGAUGCGAAAAUGGUGAAGUUCAUACUCAAGUUAAAGAAAGAUUAGAUAAAGUCAUUGGUAAAAUCAGAUCAAUUCAUAAAGAUGCUCUUGAAAACAAUGAAGCUUGUGAUAUCAUAGUUGUGGGUCAUGGUCACAUUUUAAGAUGUUUUGCUGCUAGAUGGGUUGGUAAAGAAAUCAACGUCAACCCUCAAUUCAUGUUGGAUGCCGGUGGUGUAGGUGUCUUAAGUUAUCAACAUCAUAAUAUUGAAGAACCAGCUUUGUUCUUGGCAGGUGCCUUUGUAGUUCCUGUUGAAGAAGAAGGUGGUGCUCUUUAG